UUUCCUUUGCUUGAUUUGAGACAGAGAAAAAAAAAAGCAAAUAAAAAUAGAGGAGGAAAGAUUUCCAUUUUUGUUUUUGUGAUGAGCAAAAGGCCAAGACUUUGCAAAUGGUCUGUGAUACACUGACACCGUCCUCUGCUAUAUAAGUUAAGGGUCGCAGCUUUGCUACAAUGUCUGCCGUGAGGAAAAAGAUAAACCUCUGAAACAGUGAGAUGGGUCGUUUCUGGGCUGCGACGGUGGUCGUGGCGUUGCUUCCGAUCUGGGUUUUGGCUGCGGCGGCGAGUAAGCACCGAGAAGAGAAGAAGACGACGAGGUUGAGGUUUGGGGGAGAUGGGCAGUUUAAGAUACUGCAAGUGGCGGACAUGCACUACGCCGAUGGCAAAACGACGCCGUGUGAGGAUGUGCUGCCGGAACAGGUGCCCGGUUGCUCUGACUUGAAUACCACGGCGUUUGUUAAGCGGAUGAUUCAGGCUGAGAAGCCUAAUUUCAUUGUUUUCACCGGAGAUAACAUUUAUGGGUUUGAUGCUACGGAUGCUGCUAAAUCUAUGGAUGCUGCGUUUGCCCCAGCUAUUGCGUCCAACAUUCCGUGGGCAGCUGUUUUGGGGAACCAUGAUCAGGAAUCGGACCUCUCAAGGGAAGGGGUGAUGAAGCACAUAGUUGGGUAUGAAAGUACUCUUGCUCAACUCAAUCCUUUGGAUCAACUUGUUAUUGAUGGUUUUGGGAACUAUAACCUGGAGGUAGGUGGUGUUCAGGGUACUGGUUUUGAAAAUAAAUCGGUUCUCAAUCUUUACUUCCUUGACAGUGGAGAUUACUCCACAGUUCCCUCUAUCCCUGGCUAUGGUUGGAUCAAACCCUCCCAGCAAUUUUGGUUCCAGCAAACUUCAGCAAAACUAAAGAAAGCAUACAUGAAAAAGCCACAGGCGCAGAAAACACCUGCUCCAGGGCUCGCAUACUUUCACAUACCAUUACCAGAAUUUGCUAGUUUUGAUUCAUCAAACUACACUGGAGUGAGGCAAGAAGGCAUUAGCUCUGCCUCUGUGAACUCUGGCUUCUUUACUACCCUGGUUGGAGCAGGUGAUGUGAAGGCAGCUUUCACAGGCCAUGAUCACCUAAAUGACUUCUGCGGGAAGCUGACUGGCGUAAACCUUUGUUAUGCUGGGGGAUUUGGAUACCAUGCAUAUGGGAAGGCAGGAUGGGAUAGGAGAGCAAGGGUGGUAGCAGCAACCUUAGAGAAAACAACUAGCGGAGGUUGGGGAGCAGUCAAGUCAAUCAAAACAUGGAAGCGCCUGGAUGAUCAGCACCUCAGUACUAUUGAUAGUGAGGUUCUCUGGACCAAGAGUUCUGCGGGUAAGAUUUCUUUAAAGGACGAUGAACAAUUCCAGUGCCCUGCUCCUGCAUCAUUCUAGAUAUUAAUAACUGAACUUCCAAGACUAGGAACAUACAUUUUCUCCUUUUUUGAGAUCCAUACAUAAACAUAAUGCCUGAUUCUUUGGUGUCUGCAUAAGAUAAUGGUGUAAUAACAACCCUGUGUAAUAAUUCUGGGCGGCAAGUUGCUAGAUAAUCAUAGCAACUAUUUACCUGAUAUACAUCACUCAUGAUGAAUUAUUAUUUAAACUAUUUUCUCUUCCUUGUAA